UAAAAGUAUAAACCUAUAAAAACUCUCUUUUUCAUGUGUUUUUGUUUAGUUUUGGACUUAUCUUUCACUACCCAAAAAUAUCUAUUGGCUCUUCGCAUUUCUAGGAUCAACCCCAGAUCCGUAUUUUGCUCUCUCUAUGUUUUUUUUAAUUUUUAAUUUAAUUUAAUUUUUUUAUGUUUCUGGUGUGAAUAUUACAACUCAUUUUACUUGUCCAAAAUGAGGAAGUCUUGUUCAGUUUUGGGCAAGAUUUUUGGUCAGUUUUGUCUGCUUUCUUAGUUGGAUACCUACUUCAUUGGUGUCUGUUGCACCGAAAAUAUUCUUUGUCAUAAGCGCAUACAUUUUCUUUAACAAAUUUCUCUUUUACAGUUUCUGAAAUUUCGGUUUGGUCUUUGUUGGUAUGGUUUUGUACUUGCAUUUUCCAAGUUAAAGAAGGGUUUUAUUAUUUUUUUUUUUUAUUUGAUUUUGGGACCUGGGGUUUCUUAAUUUGAUAGAAAAGGCUUGGCUUUUUGAUUCAUUUUAGUCCUUUUUUGUUCUUUUGGGAUCUGGGUUGUGUGUGGAUUUUUAAAUCUUGUGCGUUUUUGGAUCUGGGUUCAUUAGUUUUGAUAGUAUGUGAUUGAUUUGAUAGUUGGGAGAAGUUUAAUGUGUGGAGAGUUGAUUAUAUCUUAUAGUUCCCUGGGUGAAAAAAGGUGAUCUUGAAGCAUUAGAAUUAGAAGUAUGGGCGGCAUUUGCUCGAAAGGAACUCGAGCAGACAAAUAUGUUGCAGAAAACAAUGCUAAAGAUAAGGAAUUAACCAAGAAAACCUCCAAAAGAUUAGGUUCCUUUAAGAGGGAGAAUGUGACUGUGGUGGUGGAGCCAGAAGGUGCUCGUAAUGAGGCCACCACGCGGCUGAUACAUAAAAAACUGGUUGUGGAGGAUGAUGUGGGGACCUCUGAUGAGGGGGAGGUGGAUAAGAAGGCGAAGUCCCAGCUGCAAAGGCGGGGGACGGAUGUUGGGGUAGAUGCAGUGCAGGUAGUGCGGCCUAGGAUCAAUAGGAUUAGUAGUGUAGGGGUUGGGGAGAGAGGAGCACAGGUUGUUGCUGGUUGGCCAUCUUGGCUGACCGCGGCGGCUGGCGAAGCCAUCAAUGGAUGGGUGCCACGAAAGGCUGACUCAUUCGAGAAGUUAGAUAAGAUUGGACAAGGAACUUAUAGCAGUGUGUAUAGAGCCCAUGAUCUGGAGAACAAUAAAUUAGUUGCAUUAAAAAAAGUACGGUUUGCAAAUAUGGAUCCUGAAAGUGUUCGUUUUAUGGCUAGAGAAAUCAUUAUUCUUCGGAGGCUUGAUCACCCAAAUGUCAUGAAGCUUGAAGGUCUAAUAACUUCAAGGGUGUCUGGAAGUUUAUAUCUGAUAUUUGAAUACAUGGAGCAUGAUCUUGCGGGGCUUGCAGCGACACCUGGGGUUAAGUUCACUGAGGAACAGAUUAAAUGUUACAUGCAACAGCUACUCUGCGGACUUGAGCAUUGCCAUAGUCGUGGGAUUUUGCAUCGUGACAUCAAGGGCUCAAAUCUUCUAAUAGAUUAUAAUGGCAAGCUCAAGAUUGGUGACUUUGGGCUGGCAACUUUCUUCCGAUCUUCUCAGAAGCAGCCUCUGACAAGUCGUGUAGUAACGUUGUGGUACAGACCACCUGAGCUUUUGCUUGGUUCUACAGACUAUGGAGCUUCAGUGGAUUUGUGGAGCACUGGGUGCAUACUUGCUGAAUUGUUUGCUGGGAAGCCUAUCAUGCCUGGAAGAACAGAGGUGGAGCAAUUGCAUAAGAUCUUCAAACUUUGUGGCUCACCAUCUGAAGAGUACUGGAAAAGAUCAAAAUUGCCGCAUGCCACCAUUUUCAAACCUCAACAUCCUUACAAGCGAUGUGUUGCUGAGACUUUCAAGGACUUCCCUUCAUCAGCUUUGUCCCUUUUGGAAGCCCUUCUUGCAACAGAACCUGAUGUCCGUGGAACGGCUACUUCUGCACUUCAAAGUGAGUUCUUCACAACAAAACCACUACCUUGUGAUCCAUUGAGUUUGCCCAAGUAUCCACCAAGCAAGGAGUUUGAUGUCAAGCUUCGAGAGGACAGCAGGAAAGGAGCUGCUGGUGGUAGAGCACGUGCUCAGGAGACAAUGAGACAAGCUUCCAGAGAAUCUAAGGCUGUGCCUGCUUCAGAUGCCAAUGCUGAGUUGCCGGCUUCCAUACAGAAGCGGCAAAGACAGCCUAAUGCUAUAAGCUUUAGUGAAAAGUACAAUCCUCAAGAGGAUGCUGGUUCUUGCUUUCCUAUUGAGCCAGCAAAAGGACUAACACAAAAUGGAUACUCCCAUUCGGGUCAAUUAAAACAAGCCCGUACCUUAGGAACUGCAUGGAGUAGGAUGGCGAGUGAGAAUGAGCAUCUUACAGGUCCUAGUGGGGCAUUUGGCUCUCCCAGGAGGGAUGCGGAUUUGGGAAAUCCAAGAUCUUACAUGCACCCAAGUGCAUCCCGUUUGUCCAGAUUUUCCAAUUCAGUUGCAGUUAGAGGCCGUUCCCAGUUAGAUUGUAGCACAGAGAGUAGAGUUAAUACCAAGUGGGGCAACGACUCUGGAAAGCAUGAUUGGUCAACUUUGCGGGAUAUGUCGAGGUCUACUUAUAAGAAGGAUGAGCAGCCAUCUGGAAAAGAGUCUUCAGUGGGUUAUCUUCCCAAGAAGAACCGGAUCCAUUACUCUGGACCAUUGAUGCCACCAGGGGGAAACCUGGAGGAAAUGCUGAGAGAACAUGAAAGGCAAAUCCAGCACGCUGUUCGCAAAGCUCGUGUUGACAAGACCAAGGCCCAGAAAACCUAUGGCGAUAAUGUACAAACACAGUUUCUUCUUCACAACAGGAGAAAUGACAGGUGACACUUGAAAGGAAACUCUUACAUAUCUAAUUUUUGAUCCAGAAGGUCCGUGCAGGAUCCUUUUUGAUUCACAUACUAGGAUGAAACAAUCCUUCCGUGAAUCUGACUAUUCUCACCGCUAAAAAGGCUUGGCAACAAACAGUUGUGCAUGGAUUCCAUCCCACAAGACAAAAUAACUUUUAUGAUCAGAUAGUCGCUGCCAAGUUCUAACCAUAAAAAAAAUACUUUCGAUGAUUCAAAGACGUGGAUAGGAGAAAGCAAAUUAAAGCCAUUGCCAAAUGUAAAUUUGUGGCAAUGGAUUUUGAGGUAGACACAGCAAUCAGUUUUUUGUUGUUUAAGGAAUAGGUCUCUUUAGCAAAUUGUGCAAGAGGUAUACCUUGUACAGCUAAAAUAUUAUUUUACGUAAAAUCAAAAUUUUACCUCAUUAUAUGUAUAGGCCAAACUGAUCGUAACCAAAAUAUAGUGAAUUUAUCUUCACAAGCUAGAGGGAGUUCUUUAAUGUAAUUCACAGGGCUUGUUUUAUGGCCUUUUGAUCUCACUGCUUCUGUGAAGAAAUUAGCAAUGAAAGCAGAAUAGUUUCUGCAACAAGAUUUGUAAUUGUAUUGACUUGCCUUAUAAAUUUAGCUGUUUACACUCAGUUUUAUAGA